AUGGCAUUCAUACCACGACCUGCUCGCCGGCGCUUCGCUCUCUUGCUUGCAAGUCUCUUCAUCACGCUCAGCACCACCUUUCUUUUGCUGCCCCCCAGCUCGCCAAUCCGACUCUCCAUCAACUUUAACGCUUCUCGCCUAUUGAAUUCACUCCGAGCGUCAGCCGCGGACCGAGACGCCUGGCUGCGCCGACGACCUGCGCCAUACCCUCUAGAUUUGCGAGACGAGGUCGGCUAUCUCGUAAAAACGGGCUAUGGCACUCGCCAUCGGGUGCCUGCCCUGAUGAAGGCUUUCUCUCACGGUGGAAACAUUCUGGGAGGAGAAAAAAAGAAUUUCAUCGUCGUUGGAGACUGGACGCCAACAAAUCAGACAGAUGAGGGGCUGCCGAUCGUGUAUAAUGUUAUUGACACGAUGAUGAAGACCAAGGUUGACCCGUCGCUUCAAGGCCACCCUCGCUUUGCCAAGUAUCGCUCCCUUCGAGAAGCAGUCGACUUGGCCGACGAGGAAAAGGCGACAGAGAUUGGCCAAGAGUUUGGGUGGGAGUUGGACGCGCUCAAGUUCAUAGCAGGCAUGGAGUUGGCUUACGAGCAAAUGCCUGAAAAGCAGUGGUACAUCAUCCUGGACGACGAUACCUUCUUGAUCGAGCCCUCGUUGCAUCUACUCUUGAGCCAUUUGGAUCCCGCAAGGCCAUACUACCUGGGCAACGCCGUAGGAGACUACAAAAGUCGAUUCGCACACGGAGGCUCUGGCGUUGUGCUCUCGCGGGAGGCCAUGCGGCAACUAUUCGAUCGCCCCGACAUCGUCGCUCAGUCAUACAUCGACUCCCUCGAUGAGACAUGGGGUGACCGCCUUGUAGGCCUGACGCUGAUCAAGCUGGGGAUCUAUCUUGAUGAGCGGUAUAGCCACCAUUUCAACGGUGAGCCGCCUGACAUGGCCCGGGUCCAGAGAGACCGCUUCUGCUCGCCCAUUGUGUCCUUCCACGGCGCCCGCAGACCAGGGGCCAUGGAAGCCAUUGGCCGGGCCCUCUCCAACAGAGAGCAGCCCGUGGUUUGGGCUGAACUGUGGCAGCUGUUUGCUGACACCUCGCUCGAGAACGCUGGCCGCGAGCCGGUACGUCAGAUGCGGGACUACGUGGGGCCGACGGGCGAGGACACGAUGACAUGGGAGAGGAUCGCAUCGGCAGAGGUGUGCCGCAGCAAGUGCCGGAAUAGGAAGAGUUGCCUGGCGUGGACUUAUGACAGAGAGACGCGGACAUGCCGUGCCAGCCCGGGGAUUGUCAUUGGAAACAGCAACGCAGAGACGAACGAGUCUGGGCUUGAUUGGCAAGCGGUGGAACCUCUGCUGCGACAGUGCGGCCGAGAAUCCUUGUAA